GCUGCACUGCAUGAUCUUGCGUAUCAGUAUUCGCCUGUGCCAUCGAGGGGGCAUGUAGCGGAUCGUGGGUUAUAUUGCGCGAUUGUUGUCCGUGCGAGAUUCCGCGAGCGGUGGUACGUCGUCCGUCGAGAGGACGAACGAGAGGCAAAAGGUUGCGGCCGCGAGAGGGGCAGAGUGCCGACGACGAUAGUGGAUUGGUGGCCGUGCUGCUGCUGGUGGCGGCGGCGGCAGCGGCGGCGGCAGCAGUGGUGAUCGUCGUGGUGGUAGUAGUGGUGGUGAGUGCUCCGGGUUCCGCGAGUGUCCGCGAAAAACUAGUGCCGCGAGCCAUCAUGGCGAACCCACGGAAGUUCAGUGAAAAGAUCGCGCUGCUGAACCAGAAAGAGGCGCAGGACUCGGCGGCGUUCGAGGCGAUCAUGAAGGAGGUUCUGGACGUCACGAGCAGGGUGGCCUCGACGAGCAGCUCGGUGGGCGCCAGUCCCACGGGAUCCGGCGUACCGGAAACCCCGCUGUCCGUCAAGAGUGCCGGCGCCAGUCCACCGCAAUCCAGUGGCAAACACCUGCACAUUAACUUGGGGAAUCAGUUUAGGGCGGGCGGCUCGCUGCCGAAUGUUAACAACAAUGUCAGUUGCGGCAACGACGCGAAAGAACACUCCUCGUCAAACACCGGCGCGAUCCACUCGAUCGAUCUGAAGACGGCGCUCAGCAAUUUGGAGGAGAUGCAGCACAACUCCAUGGUGUAUCGCAGCGACAACAGGAGCCGAAGCAUAGGGGUGGGACCGAUGCGGUCGCGCCCCAUGGAAAAGAGACACGACACAUCACCGUACAGCGGGGUGCCUUACCUGUCGCCACCACCACCAGACACUUGGCGAAGAACGAACUCGGACUCGGCUUUGCACCAAAGCGCCAACGAGGCUUGCCAAUCGACCUCCGCCAUACCUCAUCGACGAGAUCAACACGCUAUGACCGGAAGCGGUAGCGACAACAGGGAUUCUCAUCACAGCUUCAUCGAACGACCAAGAUCCUCGUGCGAAAUGCCUAGAGUGCCUGGGAUCAACAUAUACCCAAGCUCGCAACCACCAGGGCAGCAAAUACCGAUAGGCAACAAUACAGGAUCGUUACCCGACCUGAGCAACGUGCACUUUCCUUCACCCCUUCACACUCCCCUGGAUCAAGAGGAUCAUUCGAGUAGUACGCCGUUCAGCAACAGUCCUCAAACGAGCAGUCCCACAAACCUGUCGCCGACCAGCUUGGCACAAGCUGGUAGGCUCUCCUUUUCACAGGAUCACAAUCCGUCAAGCGUCCAACAGGGUGUGGCACUGGAAAACAGCACAAGUACUUCGCAACAGGAUCUUCAGAGUUACCCGCAGCAAUCGGCGCCGCUGGCACCGACGUCUCACAGUCCCACUGCUGGCCACUACCUCUAUCAGCAACCGCACAGUCCUGUGCCACCGCAAAGUCCAAAAACGUCACAGCCACAGCAACAGCAACAUCAGCAGCUCAAUUCGUUGGGAUCGUACAGGUCCACGCAGUCGGUGAACAGACCGUCGCCGCAAUCAUCACCUAGUCUAACGGUUCAAGGAAGUCCUCUGAGUUACAGCAAUAAUCCAUCGGCGCCGCCUAGUCCUACCGGACAUCCGGGUCCACCCAGCUUGACGUCCGAUGCUAUCGAUCAGAAUACUUAUUUCAUCAAUCAGGCGCAAGCGGCGGCACUCCAACAGGAUUUUGAACAAUUCACGAUGGGACUGGAGUGGCCCAAAUUCGCUCAGCAGCUGAUGGAACUCGGUUGCACCUGGACCACGCAAAUAGAGAUGGACACGCCGGUGCAGGCGAACACGAUCGGAACGUACAUCGGAUCACCGAAUCACACGACGAAUUACACUCAAAACGAUAUAAUUAACGUCGGCGGCGAAUUAGGCAGCGGUGACGCGGGGUACUUCAGCACGAGUCCACAAAUGGCGUAUCAACCCGCGACGACGACGUCCACCGCUACCCAGCAGCUCACACCGCAAACUCCAAACACACCUACGAUCAUUCUCACAGAUUUCUCUGGUGCGGACGAUCUUACGAAUCCAGAGUUCGUGAAAGAUCUCGGAACGGCAAUGAUGGGUGAUUUCGAUCCGGAGAUGUUCCCGUCGGACGACGCUCUCAGGCAAGGCCUCGAUCCGAUCGACGUGGACGGUCUGCAGAUGCUCGCCGAUCCCACGAUGGUCAUAUCGGAUUCCAGCGCUGAAGCCCACUUUAGGUUAGAUCGACUUUAAGGGGAGAGAUUUUACUCAUUUACCGACACCCAACGUACGACUAUUGCGUAGGAUAAAGUAAAUUCUGUCCUGGUGUCGCGAGUAAGUCUUAAGACACUUUGACAUAUGGGGAACCACUUGUUGGACACUGGCGGAUUUGCAGGGAAACGCGCAUCAAUAUGUAUAAAUAUUUGUCAAUUUUUGUUACGCCGAUGGAUUUCUACAUAGGUUUCUGCCGAUACCUUUGCGUUAAUUGUCUCUCAUCCGAUAUUGUGCAUUUUCUUUUUACUUUCGCGACUAUGUACGUAAUAUGUAUGUCUGACAGAUUUGUAUCGAUUUGUUUCUACGGAUAGCAUGUACUUGGGGUAAUAUUUUCGUGCAAUAUUUUCUGGAAACAAGUCAGUGAUCAACGAAAGUUGUCUCCCGUUCGUGAUAAACCGUUACUUGACGAUUAAGUAAUAUAUAUAAAUCUUUAUUAACCCUUUUUUUAUUUUACACUACUUUGUACAUUGUAUCAUGUAUGAUCUCUAAGAAGCACAAAAGAAAAUGUUUACUGAUUUAUACAUGCUUUUAUCAUAAUGCAAUUAUAGUGAUGUAAUCUACCGUUUAGGCCAAUUUAAAGCUAGAGAAGACGAUCGAUUACGCUCCUCAUGGAGGAACGUUUAAAGAUACGCAUAAAGACAUAGAAGUGAGAGAGGAGGGAGAUGCCUAUCGGCGGUACACGCCAGCAGCAAUCUAGAUUUUUACGUUUCCUUUUCCUCAUUGCAUCCUCUUGCGAACAGCAUACGAUUAUAAACAUUUAUUAGCGGGGUACCUAGUACCUCGUCUGAUUGAUGUGUCUGGCUGAUUCUCCUUGUUAUUUCCUCUUCUCGUAGUGAACUCGAUUUCUUUUUCCAUCAAAUAUUACGAUCGGAUCUGUGAUACUGAACGAUUGAGUCUAGGAAAUUCAAAGGCGGUCUCAACGAAGAAACUGCGUGAAACAAGUUUUUUUGAGACGGUCUUUCCCACGUUUCAAGCGUACAACUCUGUUGAUCACGAUAAUCAUUACCAUUAUUUAUCAUUUAUAUCACGCGAGGAGGGAUUAAUUAUAAUUUUUAAUCUUCGUCAAUUAAAUUGUCGAUACUUGCUUCUCUCGCUUGUCUUGUCGCUGGAUAAUUGCAGUGAUAAUAACGAGCAGAAAGAAAACGUUCAUCUUCUAUGCGUGUACCCUUGGCGAUUGUCAAUUGUUUUUUGAAAGUAAUAUACUAUACUUUAUGUACAUUCGAUAGUGUUAAUCGAAUGUCAGGCUAAGAUAAUCGAUAACGAUCACGAAAUGCGACGAAGGCGACCGUUAUAUCUAUAUGGAUCGUAAGUAGAACGUAUCAUACCUUUCUCGGUAACAUUUGAGCUCUUUGUUCUAAUUAAUAACACGAUGUAGACAGUUAGUAUUACGGAGUCAGGCUACGACAUACCGGGAAAUACGGAUAUAGAAUCUACGGGAUACGGUAGCCUGAGUUUGAUGGUGCAUACUUCAGCGCGCGCGCACAUGCACACACAUACACACGCAUAGACAUACACAUGUACAUUUUUUCUUUCACUAUUUAAUCUAUUUUAAAUAGAUUGAUAUUCGGACAGACGUAUAAAGUGACGAAAUAGAAUUCGCUAUCGCUGAAAUGUCACGUUCAUAUCUUAUAAAUAUAGAUCAUGCGCUCUCUCUCUCUCUCUUUUCCCUUCCCCUUUCUCUCUCUCUGUCCUAUAAAGGUAAAUGUAAGAUGUAUGUCGAAACGGUGUUAAAAAGUUCUAGUAAAUACGAAGUGUAAUCCUGUUUACCUUUUUGCCGUUUUACGUCAUCAGGGCGGUGCACUUCGUGUCUACGGAAGCUUUUUUACACGACGGAAAGCUUGCGGAGAACGUGUACUUUGACAGAAGAAAUUUAACAAUAAUUUUUACAUAUUUAAAAUGUGACCAGAAGUCGAAUCAUCGAUAUAUCGAAAAGUUUUAUCGUAAUAGAAAUGAAAUUCUCUUCCUGUUUGCGCUCUCUCUUUCUCCCUCUCUCUCGCUCUCUUUUUCUCUUUCUCUCUCUCUCUCUCUCCUUUACUUGCAAAGUCUCGUUCGCGUAUAUGCAAAUGCAAGAGGUGCCAAAAACGCGUAGAUAUUCGUCGUAGAUUAUAAGACCGUGUUAUCGAUUCAUAAUCAUGCAAUAUAGACAUAUGUAUAUGAUCGUCGGUCGUUUAACAUAAGGUUUAAACCAAGUUAAAUAUUAACCAAAAUCGUGACGUCAAUUUCUAAUUGUCACUUUAUCUGUGAAACGAGAGGUUUGCAAAGGGAGAUGUAAGGAGCACAGAAAAAUUCACGGGCAGAAUGUAAGAUCAUCCCGCAAUCGAGUUGAUGUUGAUCUUAUUUAGUUACGAUUCGGAUUGCUAUAAAUCAUUAUAAUCAUUAUAAAUCAAGCUACUAAAGGCGAAUCUUUUUGAGAGCAGGAAAUGAGAUGAAGUUUCUGCCGAGUCACAUUUCCUGUUAUCAAGAAGACUACGAAACGAGAUGAUCCAACAGCACGACCAAAGUAUCCUCAGGAAAAUUUUGCAGAUUCAAACAUAAUCGUGUAAAUUUCUAUCUGCUUUCUUAUUCUGCGCUAUGCGAAAUCCCGAUCGGAACAGGUUCUAAUCCACAUUUUUCUGCUGUUUUCCCUCUGUAUCACUCUAAAUUUCAUCCCUAAUUGUCUUACGUCUGCAAAUAAGAAACAUUUCCCCCCAUUUCUUUCUUUUUCUUAUCUUUACGUAUCUUGAAAAAUACAGACACACACACACACACACACACACACACACGUACAUACACGCGCUCUCUCUCUCUCUCCCUAUCUCUCUCUCCCUCCGUUUUAAUCACAUCGAGGGAAGGAGAGACUGGCUUAAAAUUAAUUAAGAUUGCGUCUGUUGCAACGUGCAAUUACAGAAAAUAAGAUAAGCAGCGGAAAAAUGUACGUUACGGAGAAGCGUCGCUGCCUAGUCUCGCACCAGAUCGAUCCAUCACGUCGAUCCGUGAGGGCUUAAUGAAAGAAAUUUGUAAUAUUUGUAUAUAGCCAUGUUACUGUGGUAAAAAGAAAAUUAUCUAUUAUUAUAAAUAACAUUAUAUAUAUAAAUAUUAUACAUAUUACCUAUGUAAUACCGUUACGUUGUUGUACUAUAUUAUUGUGAACACCAUUUCUCAGACAUCGAUUUUUUUAAAUAAAAAAAAGAAACAGCUCUUUUUCGACACACACUAUAUGCUAAGCCAAAUCCGUCAGGUUACUUGCCACGUGUGUGGCUCGCUCGUAUCGGUUAUAUGUACAUUUCUAUAUUUGCACCUGUCGCGAUCGUUGCAUUCACGAUAUUUGCGAUUCGUUCGAUUUGCGAUGCGUCGGUAAAUAAAAUGCGUUCUUUCGUAUCAGUGUUCAUUCGCUUUGUACAUUAUUUGCUGUACACAUAUCACAAUGCAGAGAGAAGUUUCCGCAAGUAUCCAAGAUCGUACAGUGAUUCAAAAGUUUUCGCAAAUAUUUUCGACCUUCAAUCUCAUUCACUUCUCUCGUUGAUGUUCCAAUCUCGUACAUUUAAGCAGCGAAUGAGGUUGAUAAACGGAAUCGUCAAAGAUAAGAGAGCGUAGUCUACACGAUUCUCACAGUCGAUCGGUGCCUGAGCGUUGUUAUUAACGAGCCUUUUUGUCAGACUGAUAUUCGCACUAAUCCAAUCAAUUAACUGUUAAUUUAUCGCGGCGGAUGGCUAGCGCGUUACACUUCUUUCGCGAGAUCGUCACGUACGACCAAAGUGACACGACCAAUUCGCGCGUGAAUUUUUGCAACAUGCUACAAAUAGUCAGUCUGCAUUUAAAAAAAGAAGAAAUAUUAUCUAACAGCUAUGUAAGUAACUAUGUCGCUGUUUAAAUACGUCGAUCAAUCGCGUAAUUGGAUAAUAAUUCGUCACCAGUCUCGUUCACGAGGUGCAGACUUUAUUCUCGAGCGCAUGAACCAUCCCGAUUCGCUUUGCAUUGCAUUACAUUUUAUUUGCAACGGUGUCAAAAACACCAUUCGAUCCGUACAGGAGAUAUAUAAACGCUCACUCGCACACGCGUAUGCAUAUUACACGCACACUGGCGAGGAAAUUUCUCUCGAAAUCAAACAUUUUUCUCGAAUUUUCAUCGUUUUCAGAUUCUUCUAGCCGUCGAUGUAAAUAACUGUUUUAUAUUGUUGUAAAGUAGAACGAUAUUACGGAACGAGAGAGUGGAUUGUAUACUUUGAAAUAUUACGGACACGCCGGCACUCGGUGCAUCAUCUCUAUUUCCGGCGUCCAUAAUGUAAGCGCACAAAAAAGCGAUUAACGAUUUAUGUGUCUUCUUCGUGUUUAAACGUAACUUUAUUAAUUAAAUCUUGAACGUCUACAAAGCGUCUAUGUCUUUGCCUAGGUACCUCUCUCUCUCUUUAUCUCUUUAUCUCGAUUGGCGCUAAGAAGCAACCCGGAGAACGCGAAAAUUACUUUCCGCGUUACUUGCAUAUAAGAUCAACUUUAUUCUCUUUCCUCUCUCUCUCUCUCUCUCUCUUUCUCUCUCUCCGUCUCUCUCCGUCUCCAAAACAAUAAUAGAUAUUUACGGAAAAUGCAAUGAAUUCGUUUUAAAACAGAAAGAUAAAUUCCAUGAUUAAUCACGUAAGAAAUUCGUUUUUCAUUCUGUUUUCAUUGCAGUUUCUAAAGUAAUUGCGUUUUUCGGGUUCCUAAUUGAUCUAUGAUGAUAACUGAUAAGCAACGCCUUCCGACGAUCGAUGAGUCACUGCUGUAUAUAACGUUUCUCUAGUGUGUACACACUGUGCGAAAGUUAAAAAUUGAUUAAUUUGAAUUUUAUUGUCUGUUAAUAAAUUAAAAUUUAUCAAAAUAAAGUUAAUAAAUUAAUGGAACGAGCGCAUACGCAGGGCAUGCGUAAUGUUAUGCGCAUAAGCAAUGUUGGCGACCGUGCAGUUUACUUUGCGAAAUGUUUUUUAAAUAGCUUGUAAUAUUUUAAGAUGUAAGAAGCGUCCAAGAAGCAAUUAAACUCGUUUUAUAUCUUUUGACGCUCUACAUGGCCGGCGUAAAAAAUUUAUAAGUAAUUAGCGGUAGAAGACAUAUAGAUAUUCACUUUUGUCAAGAAUUUAUAUAUCGUUCAUUUAGGCUACAAUUAAAUCGACUCGCAAUC